GCGUGGCCACCACCCCGCGCCGGAGCCGCCCAGGGCACCGGGCGCGACGUCCACGCCGCCACGUCGCCUCCACCCGGGUAGACCAGACGCGGCACCCGGCGCUAGGUACCCGGCUCACCGGGCCGCGCCCCACACCCUGAGCCCGACGAUUGGCUGAAGCAGGUGUCCGUCUUCAGAACGCCCUAAAGAUUGGUUGAGGUCGGCGCGUAGGGGCGGGCCUCGGGCCAGCGUAGGAAGGGCGGAGACCCGGAUGUGUGUGGUGGCGGCGGCGGCCGAAGAGCUUGUGUGCGGAGCUGAGAGGCCUAUGGAUGAGGAGGACGCGGCGGCCCCGGUUUGUUCUCAUGAACAAGAUGGAUGACCUCAACCUGCACUACCGGUUUCUGAAUUGGCGCCGGCGGAUUCGGGAGAUCCGAGAGGUGCGGGCUUUCCGGUACCAGGAGAGGUUCAAACAUAUCCUUGUGGACGGAGACACUUUAAGUUACCAUGGAAACUCUGGUGAAGUUGGCUGCUAUGUGGCUUCCCGACCUUUGACCAAGGACAGCAAUUAUUUUGAGGUAUCUAUCGUGGACAGCGGUGUCCGGGGCACCAUUGCUGUGGGGCUGGUCCCCCAGUACUACAGCUUGGAUCACCAGCCUGGUUGGCUGCCCGACUCUGUGGCCUACCAUGCAGAUGAUGGCAAGCUGUACAAUGGCCGAGCCAAGGGCCGCCAGUUCGGGUCCAAGUGCAACUCCGGGGACCGGAUCGGCUGUGGCAUUGAGCCUGUGUCCUUCGACGUGCAGACUGCCCAGAUCUUCUUCACCAAAAAUGGGAAGCGGGUGGGUUCCACCAUCAUGCCCAUGUCCCCGGAUGGGCUGUUCCCAGCGGUGGGCAUGCACUCCCUGGGUGAGGAGGUACGGCUGCACCUCAACGCUGAGCUGGGCCGCGAGGACGAUAGCAUCAUGAUGGUGGACAGUUACGAGGAUGAGUGGGGCCGGCUGCACGACGUCCGCGUCUGCGGCACUCUGCUGGAAUACUUGGGGAAGGGCAAGAGCAUCGUGGAUGUGGGGCUGGCCCAGGCCCGGCACCCCCUGAGCACCCGCAGCCACUACUUUGAGGUGGAGAUUGUGGACCCCGGAGAGAAAUGCUACAUUGCCUUGGGCCUGGCCCGGAAGGACUACCCCAAGAACAGGCACCCUGGCUGGAGCCGAGGUUCCGUGGCUUACCAUGCAGACGACGGGAAGAUCUUCCAUGGUAGCGGCAUGGGGGACCCCUUUGGGCCGCGCUGCUACAAAGGGGACAUCAUGGGCUGUGGCAUCAUGUUCCCCCGUGACUACAUCCUGGACAGCGAAGGGGACAGUGAUGACAGUUGUGACACAGUGAUCCUGUCUCCAACUGCCCGGGCCGUCCGGAACGUCCGGAAUGUCAUGUACCUGCACCAGGAAGGGGAGGGGGAAGAGGAAGAAGAUGAUGGGGAAGAGAUAGAGCAAGAGCACGAGGGCAAGAAGGUGGUGGUUUUCUUCACCCGGAAUGGCAAGAUCAUCGGGAAGAAAGAUGCUGUUGUACCUUCUGGAGGCUUCUUCCCUACCAUUGGAAUGCUGAGUUGUGGGGAGAAGGUCAAAGUUGACCUGCACCCGCUGAGUGGCUAGGCCUGCUACUGCCUGCCCCUUCUCCCUUCACGUUACCAGGCAGGGCCGGAUGCCCAGGCCCAGUCUUCCGGAGGAUUUGCUCAACCGGCAGGCCGGGGGGGCUGCAGUCUCGCUCUGUCCUUACUGUGAGGUCCCUGUUACACUCCUGUGAGCCCACAUUUCUGACCUGGUGCCUCCCUUGUCGUCAGUCCCCAUCCCAAGUCCCUGGUUGGACAGAAAUGGGCCCAAAGAGUGGUGCUGACACAGGAGGGGAUCCCACCUGCUCUGGGCAGUGGUGGGUGAGCACCCCAGCUCGGGGUGGCACUUUGCAGUGGGUGAGGUGCACCGCCCCUCCCUGACUUGCCGCAGUGUUUCUCAUUGGAUUCCUUUCUGUUUGGUUUUCUGUCCUCAUCAUGUGGACCAGUUGCUGCUGUCACCCCCCUGGCUGGGCUGGGGGACCUGUCCCAGGCCAUCUGGCUCCCCUCCUUGGCCGCUACUCUGAGACUGUGCUGGCGUCUCCUCCGUUCUCUCCCGAGAGCUGGCUUUCUCACUCUCCCCCUCCUUCCUGUUCAGCCCUCUAGGCGUCCCAAGAAUCCCCAGCACUGGCUCCGCCUCCUACACACACACACACACACACACACACACACAGCUGGGCACCCAUCCCACAUCUCAAGAGUAGCAGGGCUGGGAGGCGGUGGGGCCGGCACCCUCUCUCCUCCUCAGCCUUUCCUCACCCAUAGCACCCUGGUCCCUAGCUUCCUGGAGGGUAGCUGAGGCUGUGGGCUUGUGUGUCCCGCUGUGGUUAGGGGCGACCUAGAGCCUCAGCUGGGUGAGCCCAGAGGGGCAGGUCUCAGUCCCCUCCUUCUCCCUGCCCCCACGCUCACUUUUUGCUUGUGCUAGUUGCCUGUUCUGCUCCAGUGUUUGAUUCUAGCACUUUUGUGUGUCCCCGCCGCCCCAGCUCCUUAUGCACCCAUGGUCCCUGGGGGAGGGCCCAGGGAGCUGGGGGCCUUGGUUUGCACAGAGCAGGUUGGGCUGGAGGAGGCAGGUGAGCUGCCGUGCUGCCCCCGGCCUGACCUCAGGCCCUGCACUAUGAUGUAUGAAAUAUAUGUACAGACCAGAGAUGUUUACACAGCCAGUAAAGAUGGAGUUUCUGUA